CCCGGCUCGCCCAUGAGCCUGCUCGGGAGCUACCGGAAAAAGGCGGGCAGUGACGGCUAUGAAUCCUUGCAGCUCGUGGACAGCGGCGCUGAGCGCGGCGGGGCGGCCGCGGGGCCGGCCCGGAGCCCCGGGCGGCAGCAGCAGCAGCAGCAGCAGCAGCAGCCGCAGCCCCGAGCCGACGGCAGCACCAUGGACAGCUCAGGUGCCUCUUCUCCAGACAUGGAGUCCAGCUAUGGGGGAGGCCUCCUGGACAUGGUCAAGGGAGGAGCAGGGAGGCUCUUCAGCAACCUCAAGGACAACCUGAAGGACACCCUGAAGGACACCUCCUCCAAGGUCAUGCAGUCUGUCGCCAGUUACACCAAGGGAGAGCUGGACAUUUCCUACAUUACCUCAAGGAUCAUAGUGAUGUCUUUUCCUGCUGAGGGAGUGGAGUUGGGAUUCAGGAAUCACAUCGAGGAUGUCAGGACAUUCCUGGAUUCCAGACACCCCGACCACUACACCGUGUUCAACUUGUCACCCAAAUAUUAUCGCAGUGCCAAGUUCCACAACAGGGUGUCUGAGUGUAGCUGGCCCGUCCGGCAGGCGCCCAGCCUGCACAACCUCUACGCUGUCUGCAAGAACAUGCACAACUGGCUGCAGCAGAACCCCAAAAACGUCUGUGUCAUCCACUGCAUGGAUGGCCGUGCAGCCUCAGCAGUUCUGGUCAGUGCAAUGUUCUGUUUCUGUCACCUCUUCUCUCAUCCUGGCCCUGCUGUGCAGCUGCUGAACACAAAGAGACCUGGAAUUGUACUGUGGCCAUCUCACAGGAGGUACAUAGGAUACAUCUGUGACCUAAUAGCAGACAAACCUGUCAUCCCCCACUGCAAACCACUCACCAUCAAGUCGGUGACCCUCAGCCCCGUGCCCUGCUUCAACAAGCAGCGCAACGGCUGCCGGCCCUUCUGUGACAUCCUCAGCGGGGAGACCAGGAUCCUGAGCACCUCCCAGGAGUAUGAGAGGAUGAAAGAAUACCGUGUGCAGGAAGGGAAGGUCCUGAUCCCCCUGGGAGCCACUGUCCACGGAGAUGUCGUUGUCUCUGUCUACCACAUGAGAUCCACCAUCGGGGGACGCCUCCAAGCCAAAAUGACCAACACACAAAUAUUCCAAAUUCAAUUUCAUACUGGAUUCAUAGCCCUAGGAACAACCACUCUCAAAUUCACCAAGCCUGAGCUGGAUGCUUGUGACUCUCCAGACAAAUAUCCUCAGCUCUUUCAUGUUAUACUGGACAUAGAAAUACAGUCUGCAGACAGACAAACUGAAUUAACUCCCCCAUGGGAGAAUUUCACCACAAAAGAUAUCAAUCCCUCCAUUCUCUUCUCCUCCCACCAGGAGCACCAGGACACUCUUGCUUUGGCAGGUAGAGGUGUCACAGAUUCCCCCCAGGAUAACAUCAGGAAUGUUGGGCAGAGUGCAUUCUUCUCCUCUCUCAGCUGGCAAGAUCAGAAAUCUGACAAAAGUAGCUCUCACCCCACCUCAGAGGAUCGAGCAGCGUUGGUGCAUGAGGAAAGCGAACAGUCAGAUGACGAACUCUUGUCCCUUUCCAGUCAGCACAGUAAUGCCAGCGGUGACAAGCCCCACGGGACACCCAAACACAGCAAAAAGCAGCAAGAGCCUCCAGCAGCAGCAGCAGCAGCAGCAGCAGCACCUCCCCCUGAAGACGUGGACCUGCUGGGCCUGGAUGGCAGCCCCAUGAGCAAGAGCUUUCCCUCGCAGCCCAGCGCUGCCCCCUCUAACUCUGACCUGCUGAAUGAUUUGUUUGGGGUGUCCCAGAGCCCUGCUGGAGCUGCUGCUGAGGAGGUUUUCCACGUGGGGGCACCUGGAUCUGUGCACUCGACCCCGCGGCGCUCGGCAGCUUCGGCGUCGCCGUCGCCGUCACCGAGGGUGGGAGAAGCCACUGCCUUUGAUCCAUUUGGAAGUAGCCCCAAGCAAACUGGUCCAGACCUCCUGGGUUCCUUCCUUGGCUCAUCAGCUGGCCCUGGGGAUCCUUUCCUUCAAGCCACAAGAAGCCCUUCACCAACUGUGCACAGCGAUCCCUUUCACAUGGCUUCCAGCACUCCAACAGUUUCCAUCCAACCAGAUGUUUCCAGUGGUUGGGACUGGCCCAAUAAAGCAGGUGGUCUAGGAAUGGGAAGUAAGUCUGCUGCCACCAGUCCUACAGGAUCCCUCCACAGCACUCCCACUCAUCAGGCUAAACCCCAAACAUUGGAUCCAUUUGCUGAUCUGGGAAGCCUUGGAGCCAGUUUAGCAGGUGGCUCCUCGUUCGCCAGCAAACCGACCACCCCGACGGGCAUGGGCGGGGGCUUCCCCCCGUCCCCGCAGAAGCCGCCGCCGCAGCCCAUGGGGGGCAGCGGGUGGCAGCAGGGCACGGGCUACGGCUGGCAGGGGACACAGCCCAAGGGCCAGCCCAGCGUGCCCCACGCCUCCCCCCAGAACAAGCCCAACUACAACGUGAGCUUCUCGCAGGGGGCGCAGGCGGAGCGGGGGAAAGGAGCCGCUAAUGUUGAUUCCAAGCCAAAAGUGUCUGCAGAUUUUGAAGAUUUGUUAUCUGGUCAAGGGUUUAAUGCUCACAAAGACAAGAAGGGCCCCAAAACAAUAGCUGAGAUGAGAAAAGAAGAAAUGGCAAAGGAGAUGGACCCUGAAAAACUAAAAGUCCUGGAGUGGAUUGAAGGGAAGGAGAGGAACAUCAGGGCACUGCUGUCCACCAUGCACACGGUGCUGUGGGCAGGGGAGACCAAGUGGAAGCCUGUGAGCAUGGCAGACCUGGUGACUCCAGAGCAGGUGAAGAAGGUGUACAGGAGGGCUGUGCUGGUCGUGCACCCCGACAAGGCUACUGGGCAGCCAUAUGAACAAUAUGCAAAGAUGAUAUUUAUGGAGCUAAACGAUGCCUGGUCAGAAUUUGAAAACCAAGGACAAAAACCCUUGUAUUAGAUCAUGGUGCACGAGCUGUCACACAGGCAUCCACAGACCAGGUCUGAUUUCUGGGGUCACUCCAGUGCAAAUUGAUUCUCUUCAAAGUUUAUGUUGGACCAAAGCAAUAACAUCACAAGGAAAUCUCUCUGCUGCUGAAGCUGAAAGCAGCUUUCCUAGUUCAAAAGCGAGUUGAAAUUCAAACUUCACCCCAAAUUCUGGCGUUCUUUUGCAGAGUAACUAAAGCUAGCAGUUUAUUUACCAACACCUGUCUGUAUUUGAGGGAUACUCAGAAGAUGGGCAGGAAAUAAUGUGUAUUUACUGCCUCAGGAACAGGUUGCCAUCGGAUGUGAGUCUUUAAGGCUGGUGGUUUUUCAAGACAAUCCACUACUUGUUGCACUUACAUUUUCAAGUGGCAAAGCUAUUACUGCAAACACAGUGUGUCAAAGUACAUGGCUUUCUGUAUAAAACAUCCUUUUGUUGUACUGGUCCAUUAUUUACUGCCAUUAACUGAAAAUGUGAAACCAACACAUAGGUCUCCUUUUAUAUAAAAGACCUUAAGAUAAUAGUAACAAACUGGAUGUUAUUUAUUAAUGUUUUGAUCCAGUAUGUGCUUGUCUUAUUUAAAGAGAUAACUGGAAUGUGAAUCAUGUUCCUGUGAUUUGUUGGUUUAUUGUUUCUCAUUCACAUUUGUAGAUAUUGUGACCUAUGCCUAUAUAAUAAAAAGGAUCUCAUUACUAUAAUGUACUUUUUUUAAUGAUGAAAACCUCAUUAGCUUUGUAUCGGGUUUGUCACGGCACAUAACUCUGGAUACACAUCCAUUCACAAAAUACAAAUCCAUCAUUAAACUUUACCAAAAAAAAAAAACCCCACCAAACCCCUCUACCCCACUUAAGCUUUGAUUACUUCCAUCCCUAAUGUUUUUAUGGAUGCAUGAAAGUAUUAGGAUGUAUGUAUAUCCAAAUAGUUAACUAAAAAAAAAAAAAACAAAACCCCAUUCUUGUCAUAUCUGGUAGUGACAGAGGUUAUCAAUGUUCAGGUUUACUGUUUGACUAAAUUAUUGUAAUUUUUGUAAAUACGGUAUAUACUCGAUGAAAUUGUGACUGGUCUAAAACAUUUGUAUAUACAUUAAAAAAGCUCAAAUUAACAUA